AUGAAGUGUCAAGACAUUCACAACAACAGAGCUGUGUCACUGUACCACUGCAAGCCUAGAGAUGAGCCUUCCAGGACUAAACCGUGCUUUGUGGCCUGUAGACAUCACAAAGAGAUGAAGUCUCAAGACAUUCACAACAACAGAGCUGUGUCACUGUACCACUGCAAGCCUAGAGAUGAGCCUUCCAGGACUAAACCGUGCUUUGUGGCCUGUAGACAUCACAAAGAUCACCUGGAGUGGAGAGUGGCGGACUGGGGGCCUUGCCUCCCUGGAGACUCGGAGCUCUCCAAGAUGGGAGCUGGCUCCAUGGAGCGUAACGUCACCUGCGUACUAACGUCACACGAGGGGUUCCAGAACUCUCUCCAGAUAGACGAAGAGAACUGUCUGUUGGUGUCCACCAAGCCGGAGACUCAGCGGGAUUGUACUCUGCCCACUCAGCAGGACUGUGUGCUGACGGAGUGGUCAUCCUGGACCUCCUGUUGUGACGGUACUCAGCACCGGACCAGGAGUGUGCUGGUAGCGCCGCACUACGGUGGACAGUCCUGCCCUCAGCUGAGUGAAUGGAGAUCCUGCGAGGCGGAAGACAACUCCAUCGACGGCAGCGGGGUGGAGCCCGGGUGCGCUCCUCACACGGAGGGUGUGCGACUCAGGGUGGAGCGAUGGGGAGAGUGUAGGCCUUCGCCCCACGAGGUGUGGGAUGGCGAGAACAGCGACAGAGCUGACAACUACUACAAGCACUGGCCCCAGGUCGGCACCCAGAGGAGAGAGUUCACCUGCCUGAAUGUCAACGGGACCACAGUUCCCCUCAGUAUGUGUACAAAGGAGAAGGGCGAGACGUCGCUACCACCCCGAGAGAGAGCCUGUAUCCUAGCUCAGGACUGCAGUGUCAGUGAGUGGGGAGACUGGGCCGUUGUACAGGAGGGCUGUGUGGACGCCACUGGCAAUGUUUGGGCAGAGAUCACAGAACGAAAGCGAGAAGUUCUACGACUCCACGAGGGACAAGGUCAACCAUGUCCUCACUUGAUAGAGACUAAGUCCACCACUUCAAACCUACCUCUCUGCUCUCACAAGUACAGAUGGUUGGCGUCCAAGUGGAGCACAUGUACACUGCCCAAUGUGAUGGCGGAGGUGGUGUGUGGUGGAGGUCUACAGUUCAGGAACAUCACAUGUGUAGCAGCCCAGGGUGGCCAACCUCUCCCUACCAAGGCUUGUCAUACUAUCCCACCACCGCCAACUGUGCAGAGAUGUGAGGUAGCGUGUCCCCGAGACUGUGAGGUAGGACCCUGGGGUGUGUGGGGUCCUUGUCUACCCCAACACUGUCCUCCCUCUGAUGAAGCCAACCUGUCUGCUAAAGGUCACCGCAAGAGGACGAGAGCCGUGGUUGUGCCUCCUAGUGCUCUGGGGCUGGAGUGUCCCUCGCUUACUGAGGUACAACCUUGCGCACACCCCGCCUGCUACUCCUGGACGGUGGAUGCAUGGGGGGCCUGUCAGCUGGAGCCUGGGGCUGCGGCCAAGUGUGGCACUGGGCGACGCACUAGGCGAGUAGCCUGUACAACACACACUGACGCUACUGAGUUUAAGGAGGUGGUUGCUGAUUGGCUGUGUCCCCAGUUGAAGCCCCCGACGGAGGAGCCGUGUCUACUGCCUUGUCCCUACGACUGUGUGGUGUCGGGUUGGUCAAACUGGAGUCCCUGCUCUCAGAGCUGCUCCACACGCAACAAACUGGCAAUGAGAUACCGCAACCGUACCAUCAUAGCCCCUCACGGACCUGGUGGUCAUCCAUGUCCCGACCCGGAUGAGAUGUUGCAGAUGGACGGUUGCAACAGUCACGGUUGCCACGGGUACAGCUGGCUGACGUUACCGUGGCAACCUUGCAACGCCUCAUGUGACUCAGGGGAGGGAGUGCAGGUGCGGGAGGUGUGGUGUGUACAGGACAAUCAGGACAUGGUGAACGAGAGCAAAUGUGAGCUGCUGCCCAAGCCUGCCACGUCUCGUAGCUGUGUGCAGGACUGUCCAGUACAAUGUGAGGUCUCUCCUUGGUCGGAGUGGUCACCCUGUCCACCCCAGAACUGCCAACCUAAUGGUACGAGAGCAGGACCGACCCAACAGUCGCGCUAUCGAGUGGUGGUGGAAGGCUCGGACUGUGGACCUCUGGAGGAGACCAGGGAGUGUUUCACCCCCAGUGAGCCAUGCCCUAGACACCAGUGGGGCACAGGAGAGUGGAGCCAGUGUCAGGUGGCUCAUGAUGUCCGCUGUGGCCAUGGGCUGAGGACUAGGGACUUGUGGUGCAAUGAGGAAGGUACAGAUCGCAAGGUGGAGCUCCGCUUCUGUCUUGCCACUCGGGCGCCGCUGCCUGUCACUGUGCAGCGUUGCCACAUGGACUGUCACGUACCAUGUCAGCUGACUGAGUGGUCCUCGUGGAGCCUGUGUCAGCAGCCUUGCUCCGGAAAACGCUCCCGGACCAGACAACUUAUCGGUCUGUCAGAAGCACAUGCUGUCUGUCAAGAGAUGCCUCUGGUGGAGACAAAACCUUGUCCUUGUGAGAUGUACUACUCUCGUCCCAUCUCUAAUUGGUCAAGUUGUCUGACCAAUGGCAGUGAGGGGUGUGGCCUCGGCACACGGUACCGAGCUGUCGGCUGCUACAAUGACAAGGAUCAGAUGGUGGACCCAAGCAUGUGUGGAGGAGGCUCUGGACUACAAGAGGAGCCCUGCCUGGUGCCUUGUCCUUUAGACUGCCAGUUGACUGAGUGGUCGGCCUGGGGAGACUGCAACGUCAGGUGUGGCCCCGGGCUGCAGAACCGCACAAGACAGGUGGCACAACCUGGUAAUGCAGGGGGUAGACAGUGUGGACCACAGACCCAGUGGAAGCUGUGCCAGGUGCCGUGUGAAGUGUUCCAGUGGCAGGUGGGAGGAUGGAGUGAGUGUAUCCUGAUACCAGCCGACCGCAAGCAAGGAUGUGGCACAGGAGACCAGUACCGUCAAGUCAGGUGUAUUGACACUCGGACAGACACACCUGUGGAUGACGAGUACUGUGAUUGGACAACACAGCCAGUGGACAUCAACGCUUGCCAUGUAGCCUGUCCAGGCGACUGUGUUCUCAGCGCUUGGUCGGAGUGGAGCUCAUGUCCUAAGGGUUGUGUGGGUAACGGACAGCAGCAACGGACACGCUCCCUGCUACGUGCUGCCGCCACCAGGGGAGCUACCUGUCAGCAUACAAUACAGACUCAGGCUUGCCAACUGAACAUCACCUGUUUCACCUACCAUUGGGUGGUGACCAACUUCAGCUCCUGUCUACCCCUGGGUGGCAGCCCCUGUGGUGAGGGGAUGACAACCAGAGCCAUCUACUGUCAGAGGAGUGACUCUAGGCCUGUGGAGGACAGCUGGUGCAGUGAGGAGACCAAGCCGACCCCGGCAGAGAAGUGGUGUUACGUAGACUGUCCAGUGGACUGCCACGUGGCGGAGUGGAGUGAGUGGAAUGCCACCCAGUGUCAAUGCGGAGAGACAGGUGUGAGUCGUCAUGCUUUCAUCUCCACCAACCCUUCGUCGUCUGGUCGCCCUUGUCCGUCACCCUUGGUACAGUGGAAGCCUUGCCCAGCCGUACCUUGCUACUCUUGGCAAACUGGACCCUGGUCUGAGUGUCAACUUCAUGGAGCAAUGUGCGGCCAUGGUGUGAGAAACCGUAAUGUGACAUGUGUCCGAGGAGGUGACAACAGCUCUGUGGAGGCAUGGCACUGUGCUGGCUCGGCCAAUCACAAGCCAGUGUCGUGGGAGACGUGUCACAUCCCGUGUGACAGUGAUUGUCAACUCAGCGAAUGGUCACAUUGGUCACACUGUCAUGGCGACUGCCUCAAGGAUACGACAGGCUAUGCUACCAGAUCCAGAGCAGUUCUGAGGCCACCGCAGUCCAACGGAGGGGAGCCUUGUCCCGAGGCAUUGUGGGAAACUCGAACCUGCGACCUCGGACCUUGCCUCACAUUCUCAUGGACAAUUGCUCCUAACGGACAAAUAGUCUGCCAACGCUCCGAUGGACUACAUGUCGUUGGAACCGAUUGA